UAUGUAUAUAUGUAUAUAUGUGCAGCAGGUAUUAAUAGGCACUUUGAAAGAUAUGUGUUAUUAUGGAUUAUGUCUUUCGUCUUGGAUAUUAUACUCCAACAUAUUGAGGUUGCAGUGACAGUAAUCUCAGAAGAUAAUAAAAUAAUUUAAAAUUAAAAAUGAUCGUAGGUCAUAAAGUUAAUACUGAUAGCCUCAUUAGUGGCAUCUUGUAGUAAAGAUUCAGUUCGCUAAUAAAUUUAACGAUCAUAUUGUAUAGUAUAGUGAGAAAAGUAGUUUUUUAAGUAAAAAGUAUAAUUAAAUGUUGAUUAUUUGAAAUAGUUGUAAGUUUAAUUCAAUCUAAAUGCUUCUCGAUUUUAACUUUCGGGUCUUGUGACAUAAACUUUCGUCUUAGUCAUGCCUUUGAAAUGGUAUAACAUUUAAUCACUCCAGUGAACACGGCACUGUGUCUCUCUUUAGAUCUCUUCAGUGACUCAGUACUUCCAGUGGUUUAAUCAAUAUCAAACUGGACGUAUCUUGAAAUUUAUUUUAUCUAUUUGCAAUUCAUUACUAUUCGUCAAUAGUAAUCACGGUAAGUAUUUUCAUCAUCGUUUAGAAAUGAACUUAUAUCGUGUAAUUCUUGUCUUCACUUUGAUGUCAAUUAUUUUUGCAUCAAUAAAAAUGGUACAGUGUAAUUUGUGUGAUUGCAAUCAUUGUGACGAUGGUAGUAAAGUAAUCAGUAUUCGGGAAAAUAAAUUAAGUGAUGAUGACGAUGACGUUGAUGAUAAUGACGAUAAAGAAAAUGAGAACAUUGGCAAUGACAAUGACAAUGCAACCUCGUUAGAGUAUCAAUUGGAAUUGAAAGAAGAUUUUGAUGGUGAUGGAAUUUUCACGAUUUGUGCACGAGAUCGUGACCAUGAGGAUCGAUCUUUUCCGAGUAUUUGUCACAUGUUGUGUCACAAUUCUUGUACUGAAUUUAACGCCAAAGAAAAUAAAGAAAGUAAUGGAACGUACGACGUGAUGGCGUACAGAACGAAUUAUUAUAAACUCCAUGAUGGUCCUUGUCGGAGAUAUUAUACGUGAUCAACAGCGCGAGUAAUUUAAAAAAAUAACACUAUCGAUUUACUAUGGAAUAUUUUGUUUGAUAAGUUGUAAAACUAAGUACUUUGAAAUGUAAUAAUUUAUUUGAACAAAAAUUAUUUUUAUACCCAAAAUUCACAAAUAAUUGAGACCAUUAUAAUUUGAAUAGAUAAAGU